CACAAAUGCAUUGGCAGAAGAAAAUCGCUGGUUCAUUCGUUCCUCCUUCUCGCACCUGCUGCUUCUUUCUUUUCGCACAAAACCUUCCGCUUAACCCCUCUCCGUCUACGUGCACGGAAUCCUCUGGUUAAUUCGUCUAAUCUCCUGCUUAAAUAUUUUAAUCUUCUCGGCUUGUGACUGGGGCUCAGGUGAGAAGUUGGGAUAUAUUUGGUCGGAGAAAAUCUCCUCACCCGGUUUAGACGUGAAUCAGGACAAUCCCUGCCCUUCGAUUCGCUCCAGGUCAACGUUUUCUUCAACGCGGCAGUCAGUCCAUGCAAUUUUGGACGUGAUUUUCACUAUAGAUUUGGAGAGAUGCACCAAAUCAAAGUCUGAAAUGAGUAUUUCAUUUGCUACUGAGGCAGUUGACCCGCGAUGUGUGCACACGCAAUCCAUCAAAUCUGGUGCCGCGGCUACUAACCGCGGGGCGCUCAACAAUCUCAUCACCAUAUACUCCAAGUCUGGCUGUCGCUCAGAAGCUGUUCGCAUAUUCCAGUCCAUCCCCACCCCCAAUGUUGUCUCAUGGACUUGCCUCAUCUCCACCUUUUAUGACUCAUUCCUCUCCUUCCACCACUUCCUUUCCAUGCUCCGCCACCCAGGCCGCAUCCUGCCCAACAACCGUACUUUCGCCGCCCUCCUUAAAACUUGCGCCUCCCUUUCCGCUCUCUCCUUUGGGGUGCAGGUUCACUCUUUUGCGCACAAAUUGGGUCUCUCCUCUGAGCCUUUCACAGCCUCUGCACUCGUGUCUUUUUACUGUAAGAUGAAGUUUCUUGACAACGCCCAGAAAGUGUUUGAUGAAACACUUGAUAAGGAUGAGGUAUGUUUCUCGUCAAUGAUUGUUGGUUUGGCUCAGAAUUGUAGAGCCAUUGAGGCUUUAUCUCAUUUUGUCGAGAUGAAGAGGAAUGGGGUGGCAUCUACUACACACAGUGUUUCAGGGGCAUUGCGGGCAGCUUCAGAGAUGGCUAUGUUUGAGCAAUGCAGAAUACUUCACGGGCAUGCUGUAAUUACGGGUUUGGAUUCAAAUGUCGUUGUUGGUAGUGCAAUGAUUGAUGGGUAUGGGAGAUGUGGGCUUAUAAGGGAAGCUCGUGCCGUGUUUGAUGGACUGGGAAUUUUGUUGAAUGCCAUAGGGUGGAGCACACUUAUGUCAGCGUAUGCGCAACAAGGAGAUUUCAACAGCGUGGUUGAGCUUUUCGGGUCAAUGCUAAGUCAAGGUAUGCAGCCUGAUCAGUACAGUUUCCUAGCUGUGUUGACUGCAUUUUGUCACUCCGGGAUGGCGGAAGAGGCGGAACGAUGGUUUAGAAGUAUGCGGGAAGAUCACGGUUUGGAGCCAUGGCUCGAGCACUACACAUGUUUGAUAUAUGCUAUGGGUAAAGCCGGGCAACUGGAAUCAGCUGAGAUGGUUGCCUCGACUAUGCCAUUCAAGCCAGACGCGGCUGUGUGGCGUGCACUAUUGUCAACAAGUGCAUACCACGGGAAGACUGAUAUGGCAUGGAAGAUGAGAGACAGGUUGUUGGAGAUCAACCCUAAUGAUGACUCAGCUUACGUCCUUUUAGCGAAUGCAUUCGCAAGUGCAGGUCGGUGGGAUGAGGUGAAGCAUGUGUGGAAGGCAAUGAAGGAGAAGGGGAUUAGGAAGGAAGGCGGGAGAAGUUGGAUUGAGUUACAUGGACAGAUUCACGUUUUUUUGGCAGAGGACAGAACACAUGUGAGGAGGGAUGAGAUUUAUGAGAAGUUGGGAGAAUUGAAGGGAGAGAUUGAGAAGCUUGGGUAUGUCCCUGUAUGGAAUGAGAUGUUACAUGAUGUAGAUGAGAAGCAAAAGACAGAAGCACUCUGGUAUCACAGUGAGAAGCUAGCCCUGGCGUUUGGGCUAUUGAGUGGAUCAACUCCUCCCGGUAAACCGCUGAGGAUAGUGAAGAAUUUGAGGAUAUGUAGGGAUUGCCAUGAAGCUUUCAAGUAUAUUAGCAGAUUAGUAGAGAGGGAGAUAAUUGUUAGGGAUGCAAAUAGAUACCAUACAUUCUUGUGUGGCAGUUGUAGUUGUGGAGAUAACUGGUAGUCUGGUAGGUAACCUAUGAUGCUCGGAAUCUCUUAGGGAGUCAUUUUCACAUUUCAGAAAUAUUUACGUAACCUUUAUUGCCACAAUUUUUCAUUUGAGGACAACGCUUUUCAAAGUGUGGUGAUAUUUGCUCUGAAUCUUGACUCAUCUGUAAAUCAAGUAGAUGAGAUGAAUGUGUCGCUCCAGAGUAUUCCUUAUCUGAAUUGACUCUCAAUCGUCGAACUGGACAAGUAUUUGUUCUGUUCUGCUCAUUUGGUGAAAUUUAUCUGCAAGUGUGCACCAUGGUGUAUCUUUAUGCUUUUGUAGGUAUGCAUAAAUAUGAAGGUGAAGGCAUUUCUAUGGAGAUAAUUUAAUAAUGUACUACCCAUUUCUGGUACCCUUGCAAGAUUUAACAUAAGUUGUCAUUGGUGCCUAUCAGACAGUUCUACACCAACAACACUUCCUAACCUUUUCCUUUUGUUAUUCAGGUUUGGCAAUAUUUUACACCUCUCCUACAGGAUGAAUGCAGCAUUAUCCUACUCUGAACAAUGUUGUUACUUACGGUGGCUUAGCUCUUCCAGAUCUAAUAUAGUAGGGCAAUAUAGUGGUUUUACUUGGAGUUAUUUGGUGGUUUCUUUGAAAGUCCUACUGUUCUAUGAACUAGGUGGAUGAGAAAAUUGAAGGCUCCAAAUUUAUAAAGUUGUAAAGCAGUGCCUACUUGGUGUAUUUUUCAUUCUAAGAAGUUUGGUAGGAAGUUCAUAGGGAGCCAAGGGGCUGGCCUACCAAACCUAGCAUACAGCUAGAUUAUCAAGUGCAGGACUGCUGCUAAAAAGUAAAGCUUAAUUUGCCCAAAUCUUUAUAAAUGAUGAAUGCACUGGAAAGGCAUUGCUCUUCAGGAUUGCUGGUAGCUGCAAUGGCAUUCAAAUCAGAUGAUCCUUCAUGCAGAAGCGAUGGCUUGAUUAGCAGUCCACCUUUGUUCUGAACAUAAAGGUGAUAGGGAGUUAGAGGUUGACUCUCCCUCUAGAGCUCCAUUUGAAAUUAUGAUUGAAAAGCCUCCUCCUGGGCAGCUAAAGGGAUUAAUCGAAGUUUGUAGAGGUCUGUUUGGGAUUUGGGUGAAUCACGGCCAGUUUGCAUCUCAAUUCUUGGAAGCCAAUCAUGUAACUCAUAGAUUAGCCCUUAUGCCCCUUAAUCCUUAUUGACAAUAGAGUCGUGAAUAUCCUUCAGAAAUAUUUGAGGUAUUUUUGAGAGUUUUUAGUGAAAAUUUGUGCAUCUUUUCUUUAUAGUCUUGAAAGUAUGGAAGUAUUUUUUCCACAUAUUAGCAUGAUCCUGUUAUUCCCAACAUUUGUUUAUUAUUAUCUACAAGCGUAUCAUUUUUCAAUGAGAAGUUAACGUGGGGAUA